GUUGGGAAUAUGGCGACCGGUGGCUACCGGACCAGCAGCGGCCUCGGCGGCAGCACCACAGACUUCCUGGAGGAGUGGAAGGCGAAGCGCGAGAAGAUGCGCGCCAAGCAGAACCCCCCGGCCCCGGCCGUCCCGGGCGGGGGCAGCAGCGACGCGACCGGAAAGCCCCCGGCGGGGGCGUUGGGCACCUCGGCAGCGGCCGCGGCCAACGAGCUCAACAACAACCUCCCGGGAGGCGCGGCCACACCUGCCGCCCCCGGCCCCGGGGGCGUGAACUGCGCCGUGGGCCCCGCCGUGCUGACUCGGGCGGCCCCCGGCCCGCGGCGGCCGGAGGACGAAUCCCCGGCCGACGCCGCCAUCGCCGCUUCGGGGGCACCGCCGCCCGGGGGCGACGAGGAGGAGCGGGACGGCGCCCCAGAGAAAGGCAAGAGUUCGGGCCCCAGUGCCAGGAAAGGCAAGGGGCAGAUCGAGAAGAGGAAGCUGCGGGAGAAGAGGCGCUCCACUGGCGUGGUCAACAUCCCCGCGGCAGAGUGCUUAGAUGAGUAUGAAGAUGAUGAAGCAGGGCAGAAAGAGCGGAAACGAGAAGAUGCAAUUACACAACAGAACACAAUGCAGAAUGAAGCCAUAAGCUUAUUAGAUCCAGGCAGUUCCUGUCUGCUACAGGAGCCAUCCAGAACAGUUUCAGGCAGAUGCAAAAGCACAACUGCUGCUUCUGAAGAAGAUGCUUCAGGUAGAUAUCUCCGAAUGGAUAGAAGUGGGUUCAGUAGAUAUAACAGGGAUGCAAAUGUUCCAGGUAAUUUGGUCUCAAGUAGCACAUUGGAAAAGAAAAUUGAAGAUCUUGAAAAGGAAGUAGUAAGAGAAAGGCAAGAAAACCUAAGACUUGUGAGAUUGAUGCAAGAUAAAGAGGAAAUGAUUGGAAAACUCAAAGAAGAGAUUGACUUGUUAAAUAGAGACCUAGAUGAUAUAGAAGAUGAAAAUGAACAACUAAAGCAAGAAAAUAAAACUCUUUUGAAAGUUGUUGGGCAGCUGACAAGGUAGAAGAUUUCAAGGCUCAGUGUGGAAAAAACAUUUUAAAACUACUGAUUGAAUGUUAUGGUCGAUGCUAGG